AUGCCCAAAGGUAAACCGAAGAAGGAUAACCCCGCACUGUACGAGGGCUCCCUGGUGCCUUCAGAACCCAACAUGACCCGUCAGGUUGCAGCACAUAGGCGUGGUGGCACACACAAAGUACGCGACGAGCAUAAGACUGAUUCCAUCUAUGACACCUACAACUACAAGGAACUUCUCGAUGAAGCGAAGGAGCGCGGCAUUUAUCGCAAAGACAUGAGAAAGGUUGAGAUGGCAUGGACGCUCAAACACAACGAUGAGGAAAAGAAACGUGCGGAACGAGACGCCGUGCUCGCACUCCAGAAAAAGCAACAGGAAGCAAAGGAAGAGGAGGAAAGAAGGGCUGCGGAGAAACAGAAACAGAUCGAAGAGAAGCACAAGAGAAGAAGAGAGAAGGAGAGAAGGAGAGAACGUGAUGAGAGUGUCAGUGACGACACUCUAAGCGACGCCGAUAUAGAAGCAGAGGAACGCAUGAGGAACGAGUACAAGCGCGAGAAUUUCGGCCAGGCGCUGAGCGACGAGUCGUGGGAUAGCACGUCAACAGAAUCGAGUGCUCCGUCAGUGGACAAAGUCAUCAAACCUGACUGCCGACUCCGCCUGUUCGAAUGGCCGUACGAAAGGAUGCCCUUGCUCGCACCUACGCCGGCAAGGACUAUUUUUUCACUUCUGGAGCUGCUACCACGUCACGUCCCUUACGUACCCUUGAAGAUCACCACGACAUCCAGUAAGCAGAAAUUCGUUCUCCCCGGACUUAAGUACCCACCAGGCGUCGAUCCUGACUUCGUCCCCAUCCUCAAUGCCGAAACCCGCACGGCAGCACGCAACGGCCACCUUCUCGGCUCCCUCCGCAAAGCUACCGUCGAAAGCGGUGUCGAAUGGGCUCAACGCACCCUCGUGCAUGGUUGGAAUGCGCACAUGUACUUCCACCUCGGCUCUCGCAACGAGACAAAGGUUCUAGCCGACACCUACACCAAAUGGUGUCUCGAAAACAGGAAGCUGCUUCGUGUGAAAGGAAAGGGCGAUGCGGCUACGGUUGACCGCGCGGCACGACAUUCUCAACGACAUAAGAAUAAGGCGAAGAAGACGGUGGAGGUGUAUGAGGCUAGUUUGUGGAGACCGAAUGCCAUGUGCUAUGUUCCGGCGUAUUUGGACUAUGGACACGAAAGACGGAGUCAGGAGGAGGAUAAGCGAUUGGAAAAUCUAUUCUUUGUUAGGUUUCCGCGAUGCGAUGUACCGCAUUACUGCUUCUGGACAAGAGAAGGAGAGUGGAGUAAUCCGAAUUUCCCGAACCCGGCUUGGGAACCUAGACAGCGGGAUGAAGACGUUAUUAUGAAGGAUGAAGAGGAAAAACUUCAUCUCGAGUCGAAUCAUACCCGCAACUCUUGCAGACCUUUCAAAACUCGUUGGACACGAAUCCGCAAACCCUCCCUCACUCACACUCACACUCACACUCACACUCACAACCCCACCCUACCACAAUCUUCCUCCAAAACAGUGGCAGACACCAUAACCCUCAUCGAAAAUCACCUUUACCACUACGGACUCUCCUCGACCCUCUCCACCUUCCGCCAAAAAUGGCUCGCCAACGGGAAAGAAAGGAAUUGGAAGACUUUCGCCGCGGCCCUACCAACGCUAUGGCCGAGCGGCCAUAUACCAAAUGUCCCGCCUGUGGAAAGUAUACCUGGAGCUAAUGUUGCUGUCAAGCUGGCUAUGAUUGACCAUUUGAAGGGGUGUGGUGAGACGAUGUUUAGUCCGUUACAUGGUGGAGAGGUGUGGACGAGGGAUGAUGAUAAAGUUUGGGAUGUUGUGGAGGUUGAGGAGGAGAGUGGGGAUGAGGAUGAGGAGGAUAAUGAGGAUAAAGACGGGGAGGAGGAGCAUACUUCAUCUUCUCGUUCUACAGGAGACGGCGAGGACAAGACGGAUGAUGACGACGACGUCGACGAUGAAGAAGACAAUGAUGACGACAAACACAAUCAAGAGGUGCCGGAUGGUGCCUUUGAGGAGAUUGGUUAUGAGACCGACGACGAAGCGUUAUGUCGCCGUUGUAGUGUGGCUUUUGCGCACGAAGAGAAGCCUGGUGAUCCAGUUGUAGCGUGGUUGGAGAAGACUAGUCCGAGAUUUGCUCCGCCGACCACGCUAAUGGGCUCGUCAAAUGUGGAGAUGGGCUUGGAGGAGUGGGAAGAGAGAUAUCUACAGAACCGUGGAGAUGGGGAGGCUGAUGCGUGUCCGUUCUGCUGCAUGCCGUGGGACGGAUUGAUGGUAGAGGAACAAGCGAGACAUGUACUGUCACACAGUACUGGGAGGCCUACGAAGCCCCAACGUGUAUCGGAAUCACAACAUGCGUUUGUCUCUGGUUCAUCUGGUGCUCGGGAAACGAACUUCCACGGGAACCUGGAGGCAGCGCUACAUCCCAAAACUCAGCGCUCCAGGAUGCAUCAUUACUCUUUCACGCAGGAAUGUUCACCAGUUGAUUGUGAUGAAGAGCCCUACAUGUUAUUGCCGCGCGUUCAGACAGUAAGCUGUUGUCCUAUCGAUCAUCAGGAAGCGGUUCCCAAGCCACGGAAACGGAGUAUUGAUGGCGAUGAUGGUCUGAAACUUCUGGACAUGUACAGUACGGAGCCUGUAAAGCGACGAAAGAUUGCCAGACCGUACUUUGAAGUCGUUCGUCAUACUAGGUCGCGCUGA